AUGGCCGCCGCCGCCACGGCCACGGCGCCGUCAGCCGUCGCGCCGCCGGGACCGCGUCUCCUCCCCCGUCGGGCAUCGCCAGGCUCACGCAGGAGGGUGAGGCCGCUCCCGCGGUGGGUCGUGUCCGCGUCCACCUCCAAGAGCCGAGCGCCGAGGCCGCGGCCCGCGUCACCGGCGUCGUUGUCGCUGGACGCGACGGCUACGGCGGGAAGGAGACCAGUGGUGAGGGACUACGUGGAGGCUGCGCGGGAGAUGGCGCGGCGGCCGGACGGCGGGCCUCCGAGGUGGUUCGCGCCGCUCGAGUGCGCCGGCGGCGAGCGCGUCCCCGGCGCGCCAACGCUGCUCUACUUGCCCGGAAUCGAUGGAGUUGGAUUAGGGCUCAUCCGGCACCACGACAGAUUAGCAAAGAUGUUCGACGUUUGGUGCUUGCAUAUACCCGUCCAAGACCGUACGACCUUCCAAGGUCUUGUUGAGUACGUGGAGAGGACAGUGAAAUCAGAGAGGUCACGGGCACCGGACAGACCAAUCUAUCUUGUUGGAGAAUCCAUCGGAGCAUGCAUUGCUCUCGCCGUGGCGGCGCGGAACCGAGACGUCGAUUUAGUACUGGUCCUAGUCAACCCAGGGACAUCUUUCCACAGGUCACAGCUGCAGUCUCUCUCAGCACUCCUAGAUUUGGUCCCUGAUCCAUUCCAUUUAAGCACUCCACAGUUCCUAAAUUUCCUCACAGGCAACUUCAUGAAGAUGUCGACAAGAUUUGAUGAAGCUGGUCAGGUAUUGUCAGAGGUCACCAGUGGUUUGCUGCCUUCUCUCAUGUACCUAGCUGAUAUUUUGCCAAAGGAAUCCAUUGUGUGGAAGUUGAAAAUGUUGAGGACGGCGGCAUCAUAUGUCAAUUCUCGCUUACAUGCAGUCAAAGCCCAGACCCUGGUGGUUGCUAGUGGAAAUGAUGAACUGCUGCCAAGCCGCGACGAGGCUGAAAGGCUACGUGGCACGCUAAAGAACUGCAGAAUCCGUCACUUCAGGGACAAUGGCCACAAAAUCUUGUUGGAAGAUGGAUUUGAUCUAGCGACAAGCAUUAAAGGAUCUACAUACUAUCGCCGCUCCAGGCAGCCAGACUUUGUUUCAGACUAUCUACCGCCAACUCCUGAUGAGCUCGAAAAGGCGAUUGAUCAUGACAGGCUCCUGAAUUUUGCCACCGACCCGGUGAUGCUAUCGACACUGACUGAUGGGAGGAUAGUGAGGGGGCUGGCAGGGCUGCCAAGGGAGGGCCCUGUCCUGUUCGUUGGGUACCACAUGCUCAUGGGGUUUGAGCUUGGGCCCUUGGUCACAGGAGUGCUGAAAAGCACUGGAAUCCACAUCCGCGGCCUAGCGCAUCCAUUCUUGUUCAACGAGAGUUCAGAGCAGCUCUUGCCGGAUACGUCAUACUUUGAUCUCCCCCGGAUCAUGGGUGCGGUGCCUGUCACUGGGGUGAACUUUUACAAGCUCCUUUCAGAGAAGCAGUUCGUGCUGCUGUUCCCGGGAGGCGCGCGCGAAGCUCUUCAUAGGAAGGGGGAGGAAUACAAGCUUUUUUGGCCUGAGCAGUCUGAAUUCGUGCGGAUGGCUUCAAGGUUUGGAGCAACAAUCGUACCAUUUGGAGUGGUUGGAGAAGAUGAUAUAUGUGAUUUGUUGUUAGACUACAACGAUCUUGUGAAGCUCCCAUUUUAUGACGCCAUUGACAAGAAGAUAAAUGAAGGUGGCCUAAGAAAGCUAAGGACUGAUUCUACAGGAGAGAUAAAAAAUCAGGAUAUGCAUCCUGUAGUGCUUACGCCAAAAGUGCCAGGGAGGUUUUACUUCAUCUUUGGGAAGCCUAUUGAAACAAGAGGGAGGGAGAAGGAGCUAAGAGACAAAGAGAAGGCUCAACACCUCUAUUUGCAUGUCAAAUCUGAAGUGGAGAGCUGCAUCAAGUAUCUGAAGGAGAAGAGAGAGGAGGAUCCCUACAGGAGCAUACUGCCCAGGCUUCUGUAUCAGGCAACUCAUGGUUCUGAUGCAGAAAUACCCACAUUUGAACCCUGA